AUGACGGACAGGGUCGACAUGGAAUCGACUGUGGACCAGGACAGCAGCCGUCCAAGCACUCCUGACAUCCACAUCGUCAGCAUGGCCCGAGUCAUGCUGGGCAACUCCGCCGACUCGUACGGCGGCUGUGACGAGGACUAUUUCGUCAAGGGAUUCGAGGAAGGAUUCAAAGCCGGCUUUUCACUUGGUUACAGAAAAGCCCUUGAGGAGGGCAAGAAGCAGGGCCACUCUGAGGCAGAGGCCGAGUUCAAGAAGCGCGCCGGGAGGGAAUCCUCCAAGGGCGGCGAAGUGCAGCUGGGCACAGUGGCCGCCAAAGUCUGCCAUCUGGUGCACGGUUGCGACAAGAACUCCCGACUGAUUCUGUAUCAUCCGAACAGCCAUCCAACAGCGCGGCUCACUGGCGACAUAACCCUGCUCAGCGAUGUUGUGCUGAAGGAUAGUCCCUCCAGCAGCCCUAACUGCCUGCUGAGAGACAUCGAGGCCUGUCCCGUUGGAGAUGAUGACAUGUUCCAUGAUGCCGCUUCCUCCUUCUCCGCCCAGUCCGAAAACUUGCUGGUUUUCUACGCCGAGCAGCAACUCUCUGCGUCCGGUUCUGACUCUGCUGACAAUGGGAUCCGCAUCGCUCCCACGGAGGUUGGCAGCUGCCCCGACAGCCCCGAGAAACGGGAAGAGCAGGACUUGCUCGGCCUCUUCGAUAAAGCAAAUAAUCAGGCGCUCAUCCCUUCGUCCCAAACGUCAAAGGCACCAGAAGAGCGCAUCAAUUCUUCCCCCGUGAUUGCGUCCACGUUGUCGGUGGACAUCACCGCCCUCGUUCCACUCGCCAGACCCUCAAUUCUUGCCUCCAUCAGCACCACCCACGCCCACACAACAAUCACCACCGGAGCAAACGCUGCCGAGAUCCAGUCCACCGCCAAAGGCGAGGCGCAUACCGAGCCCAUGAUUCUGUUCACAAUCCCCAGAGGCGACGACAAGGAUCCUCUCAUCAAGCUCAAGAACCAAGGCCUCACCACCCUCUACAACAUUCCCCUCCCACACACACUCCAGCUCCCCAACUGGGAACCCGACAUGGACCCAAACAUGGAAACCAGCCCCUCAGCUCGCCGCCCCCGGCCACCCUACCCGACCCUGUCCGGCUGGCACAACAUCUACGCGCUCGCCGACCAAGGCCGCACCAUCGUUGGGGGAAGAGGAAUGAAUCCCUGCUUUCUCUCGUGA